ACUUUAAGUGAAUGUCUCUUGAAAUUACAAUAAUGCUUGUUAAGUGAAUUAAUUGUGAUCUUUACAUCUAAUUUGUUAUCAAAGGUUUUUUGAUUGUAAUUUUGAAAUUUACACGUAAGCGUCAGAGGGUGCCCUCUAUUAGAUGAAAUAUUUGUCUUUAUUUGAUCAUACUCAGAGUUGAUUUUGUGUUUGGUUCUGUUGUCAAUUUUUUCCGAAUUGAUUUGUUGAUCAAGCAAUUGGUGAAUUGAGUGUUUUUUUUUCUCUCUGUGAUUUUUCUUCCUAUUGUUCUGAGUUACCAUCAAUUUCUACGUUAAUAAAUUGACAAAAUUUAGACUGGAUCCGUCUCGCAAUCCACCUUAAAAGUGAGGAGUAAAAGAAAGUAAAUUGAGAAAGAAGAAGAGAGAGAGGAAAGAGAGAGGAAAGAGAGAGGAAAGAGAGAGGAAAGAGAGAGGAGAAAAUAGACAGCUUGAGAAAGAGAGGAAAGAGAGAGAGAGAGAGAUAGGAAGAGAUAGAAAUAAUUAAGGAACGCUCGUAAGAUAUUUUGAUUGAUAGGGGACAUGGCUCUUACCCUGAAUCCAUCCCAUCAAAACAAUACUGGUGGUCGAGUUAAUUUACGUGAAUCAUUAAAAGGAUUAUAUUGUCCCUUCCAUUGCCGUGGUUAUUGUAAAUUUGGUUCAGACUGCUCCUUUAGCCAUGAUAACCGAUCAUCUACUCGUGUACCUGAUAACGUUUGCUAUUUCAAUUUAACCAAACAAUGUUUCUCCGGUGAUGAAUGUCGCUUCCUUCAUAUUGAUGCAAUUACCUUGCUAGGCCUUCAAGAUUAUAGUAACAACAAUUCAGACACGACCAAUAGUAACAACAAUAACAACACCAACAACAACCAUCAUAGUUCACCCCAAUCAACUACAUCAUCUUCAUCUUCUAAAUCCUCUGAUCAUAUCAAAAUAAAUGUACCUUCAAUUAGUUCAUUAAACUGCAGCUCUAGCAAUGGAGGAGUUGGUGGCGGUGGUGGUGGCGGCGGUGGUGGUAAUAGUAAUAGACCACUUAACAAUCUUUCCUCAUCGUGCUCAGCUUCCUCGUCUGCCUUGUCUAUCUCAACCUCAUUAGCUACUCCUUUAAACAGCACUCUGACCAACAGCGCUACGACAAAUUUAACCUCAACAACAUCAAACAACAAAACAACCACAUCAAACUCAAGCCAAGGUAACAAAUUGGGUGCCUGGAGUUCACCUCUACACAUUACUCCUUCGAGUAACAGUGAUCCCCAACAAGAAAAACGAUCUCUCCCUUUGUGUCCCUUUGCUCGUGUCUCUGAUCAUUGUCCACAUGAGAAUUGUACCUAUUUACACGGCGAGAAAUGCGAUUUUUGCAAUUGCUUGUGUCUUCACCCGUACAAUACCGAACAGAGGGAUAUCCAUCGAGAUGAGUGUAUCAAGGAACAUGAGAGAGAAAUGGAACAAGCUUUCGCUAUUCAACGAAGCAGUGAUAAAGCUUGUGGAAUAUGUAUGGACAUUAUUAUGGACAAGGAAUUACCGGUGGAAAGGCGUUUUGGUAUAUUAGAAAAAUGUGACCACGUCUUCUGUCUUACUUGUAUCCGAAAAUGGAGACAAACGGAACAAUUGGACAAGAAGACUAUCCGAUCCUGCCCUGAGUGCCGGAUAUUUUCUGCAUUUGUUAUACCCAGUCAGUAUUGGUAUGACAGUGGUGAAGAGAAAGACAGGUUAAUAACCAAUUACAAGAAAGCCUUAAGUCAAAAACCUUGUAAACAUUUCAAUCAAGGCCAGGGAACAUGUCCCUUCGCUGGAGCCUGCUUUUAUCUUCAUGCCUAUCCGGAUGGAAGAAAGGCUGAUAUGCCUCCUCCAACAUCCAGGAGAAGGAAUAACAAUGAAUCAGAAUCAUCCACUUUCAGAAAUAUGUUACUUUGGAAUUAUCUGGAAUUCAGAGAAGAUAAUAGAUUGCUGACUGUAGACUAUCUAGAGCUGUUAGAAGGAGCUGAUCAGGAGCUGCUGAACUCAUUCGUCUUCUCGGAUACAGAAGAUGAAUCCGAAUGGGGAUCUUAUGCUGAUUUUGGGGAUUUAUGAGAUUUCUUGGUGAAAAUGAUAGAAUGGAAAACGAGAAAGUAAAGAUGACUCUUCAUUCGUAUCAACAAACGUGAAAAAAGUCAACAAAUAAACCUUCAAUUUCAACAGCGCUUGAUUACUUUAAUAAUUAGGAAUUAAAUUUCGUCUUUGUGAUGUCAACCAUAAUUUUGCUGUUGUUAACCCUUCGCAACCACAAUUAACUUCAUCAAUUCAGCACUUCAAAGAUCAACUUAGUUUAACAUUGGAAUAUAGUUAAGAGGAAAAUCAAACAUUAUUCAAGUAAAUUACAAUCAAAAAAAGGAAGAAUCUAAUCUAAUUACUGAAAACUAUGAGAAUCGAUGGAACACUCAAAUUUAAACUAAUUCGCAUUUUCUCUCCUCUCUCACACACACAUCUUGUUCUCUUUCUUUCUCGUACUCUCUCCCUUCUCUCUAUGUUCAACUAAAUAUGAUUCGGUUUCAUGAAAAAAAUAACAAAUUGUAAACAAAUCUUAAAUCUGAAAAACAAAAUAAGCACAAAUAAUGAAAGACGUGAUGUGAUUCUAACAAGAAAACAAAAUCAAAUUUCAAGCUUUUAAUUAGCUUAGUGCAUUAAUAUCUUCCCUUCGUCAAUCAAAA